ACAUCAAAAGUUGUUGCACCACCCGCACAUCCAACAACACAAGAAAUUUCGACUUCUCGUCGUCGUCAUUAUUUGUUCGGUUAUCCGAUCUCUCAUAGUGCUUCUCCUGCUUUUCAAAAUUCCAUUUGGCAAUUCUUGGAAUCUCAACCUUCUUCUUCAUCAUCAAGCAAAGGAACAGUGCCAACGUACUCUUUGUGUGAAACCAAAUCAAUCGAAGAAGCUCAUCUCUAUUCGCUCGUUCGACAUGAUCCUAGACAUGGUGGUUCAGGUGUCACGAUGCCACUCAAAGUUGCCGUUGCUUCAAAACUUGGACGUGAUCAAAUUCUUGAUGAAUUAGACUCGAUCGGUCAAGCAACGUUGACAGUCAACACAAUCGUCGUUAGACCAUCUUUGACAGGUGAUACUUCGCUCUCCCAACGUAGAAUGGUUGGCACAAAUACCGAUUGUUUGGGUAUCAGACAUGCAGUUUUGCGUGAUAUUGCACAGCAAAACGGUGCACCUGCUGGUUCAUUGAUCGGUUCAACGCCUACUGCCGGUCCGUACGUUUUCCCUCUGAGCCAAGAAGGUCAAUCAUCCAAACCAUUCUCCGCAUUCAUCAUCGGUAGCGGUGGUACUUGUCGUUCAGCUGUUUGGGCUUUACACAAUUUAGGAUUAUCACCUCUUUACCUUUUGAACAGAGAUGAACAAGAAACAAAAGAUGUCGUUCAACAUUUUUCCAGUAUGGAUAUCGAUUUACGUCCUCUUCACAGUGUCGAAGCAUUCGCAUACGAACGUGCAUUACGUGAUGAAGGCAAGAUUGGACAAAUUGCAUGUGCCGUUGGAGCUAUUCCUGCUUUUGAACCUGUCACACCUUCUGAAAAGAUGGUUUAUACUUUAGCACAUGCAUUCUUCCAAGAACCAUAUCAAGCAAAACAAUUGGCAAGCCAGACUGCUUCAAUUCCAACUGCCGGACCUUCUUCUUCCGUUCCUCUUCGUGUGAUCUCGUUACCGAACAAACGUCCAUUCUUGGACAUGUGCUAUAAGCCAAGAUUGACACCUUUGCUCAAAUACGCAAGCACUCAAACAAACACUUGGUCUGCGAUCGGUGGUGUAGAAGCAAUGGUCGAACAAGGUUUAGCACAAGCACGUAUGUGGGCAGCAAGUAGUCAAAUCUUAGACGGAACAGCAUCCGAUUUAAAGCAAGAUCCACUUUCAUGUUCAACGAAAACAGGUGACGAUGGACCUUUGGGCCUAGAAUGCGAAGAACAAGCACGUAAAAUGGCUCAAAAUAUGUCGGACAUC